AUGUUUUCUGCAUGAUAUACUAUUGAAAUGGAGCUUACAAACCAAACACCUGUCUUCAAAUUCUUUCUUGUGGGACUGACAGAUGAUCCAAACCUACAGCCCCUCAUCUUCAGCCUGUUCCUGUCUAUCUACCUGAUAACCAUCUUGGGAAACCUGCUCAUAAUGCUGACGGUCAGCUCUGACUCCCUCCUCCACACACCCAUGUACUUCUUCCUCUCCAACCUGUCGUUCACUGACAUCUGUAUAAGCACAACCACGAUCCCAAAGAUGUUGGUGAGCAUCCAAACACAGAAUCAGCGAAUCACUUACACAGGCUGUGUCUCCCAGAUUAGCUUUGUGUUGAUUUUUGGUGGUUUGGAAAAUUGUCUCCUUGCAGUGAUGGCCUAUGACCGCUAUGUGGCCAUUUGCCACCCUCUGACGUACACAGUCAUCAUGAACCUGCUACACUGUGUCUCGCUGGUUCUGCUCUCCCUGAUCAUGACUACUGUGAAUGCUCUGCCUCACAGUCUGAUGGUGCUGCGGCUGUCCUUCUGCACAGACCUGGAAAUCUCCCACUUCUUCUGCGAGCUUGCUCAGGUCAUAAAACUCUCUUGCUCUGACACCCUCAUUAAUUUUCUCCUGAUGAAUUUAGGGACUAGCAUAUUUGCUGGGAUUUCUUUAUGUGGGAUUAUUUUUUCUUAUACUCAAAUUAUCUCUUCUAUUCUGAGGAUUCCUUCUGUGAGUGGAAGAUAUAAAGCCUUUUCCACCUGUGGGUCUCACUUCUUAGUCGUGUCUUUAUUCUAUGGGACAGGUUUAGGUGUGUAUUUGAGUUCUGCAGUUAAAGGCUCUUCCGUUAAGAAUAUAGUGUCUUCAAUGAUGUACAUUGUGAUUCCUCAAAUGCUGAACCCCUUUAUCUACAGUUUGAGGAAUAAGGAAAUGAGGGAAUCCUUGACACAUCUCCUCACUAGAUUAACUUACAGCAUAUUAGCCAGUUGUUACUUUUAUUUUUAUUCAGGGUUUUUCAAAUUUCCUCAUUCCAUUUUUUUAAAAAAUAGAGGAAUGAUGUGA